CUUCCAGCCUCUUUCUCGUUUCUUUCUCUCGUCUCUGUCUUCUCUCCAGGCCAGGUGCCUUGUCUGUUUCUCCUCGACGACCUUUCGACGAUAACCAUCUCUUCCCGACUCUUUAAUUUCAAUAUCCUUAAGAUGUUCAAGUUGUCGACCAGCUUUGUUCUCCUCACUGCUCUCGCUGCCCUCGCCCCAGUUCAAGGUGCUCCAGCGCUCGCGGCUCGACAGGGAUCGGACGUCCACAGACAGAACGCUCUCGAUGCCCAGAGGCUCAACGCCCAAUAUGCCACUAUCAAGGCCACCGAUUCUUGCCGAUCUGGCGAAAACGCUUGCGUUGACGGAGGCUUCGCCCAAUGCAUUGCAGGCAAAUGGGUUGUCCAGCCCUGCGCCGGGGCACUUCGCUGCUACGCCCUCCCUCUUGUGAAUGCGCCCGGUACCUCCAACGCCUGUGAUACCCAGGAAGGCGCUGAGCUGCGCUUCAAGAACGCCGGUGUCCAGGGAGGCACCCGAGGAAACGGUUCAAGCUCUCCCCCUGCCCCCGCCGAAGACGAUGAGGACAUUCCCGACUGCGAUGAUGAAGAUGAAGAGGAUCUUGCAGAGCGCGCUUUCGCAGAGGAUGAGACCUACAGAUAUUUCUACCGCCGCCAGUUGCCUGAGGAAGACGAAGAACCAACUCUCCCAAUCAGCUCCGUGGUUCCAGUUUCCUCCCUUCCGGUACCAUCAGUCUCCGCCUCUGCAUCUAUCGAACCCUCCUCCGCCGUUCCUUCAAUCACAGGCACCCCCUCUUCAUCCUCUUCAGCAGCGAUCGUGACACCCACAGUCGUCAUUGGUGACGACGGCAUCGUCACCGUCACCCUCGUGUCCACCGUGACCGAAACCGCCACCGACUGCGGCCUCGCCACGAGCUCCACCCCCGUUCCCCGUACCGUCGUCUCCUCUGUGGCAUCCUCAAGCGCUGUCUUGAGCUCAUCAGGCAUCCCCACUUCCCGCCCCACUGCCUCUUCGUCUUCUGCUCCCAUCACCUUGGUCGCAGCACCAACCCCUUCGAGCUUUACCUUCGAGUUGAGCCCGACUGCCUAA